CCCAAAGGAAUGAAAAUAGCCCUUUACAAAUUGCAACCAAAAUCACCAUCAAAGGGACCCAUCGACAUUGUAAGAACAACCGUAGCCGUUCCAAUGGCGUGCAUCACUUCUCAAAGCGGCCGCGUCGUUUCCCGGCCCUUGACCAGCCAGUGCUUUGAUUGUAAGCAUAGGGUGCACGUUGUGUGCCUCAAUUCGGCGCGUCAAGGACCGACACAGCAGCGGGAGGAGCAGCGUUCGCGUACCAUUUCGCAGUCACUGGCCAGCGAGCUGCAGAUGCCUGCACCCACAGGGCCCGGGAUGUCCCCAUGGAUGUCGGUGUUAGACAUGUUCAUCAUUAGCAAGGACAAAAGGCGCAGCUCAUUGGAAGAAAUCUCAGACUUCAAUACAUGGGAGGAUGACGACGACAACGACGCAGUUUACAUGUAUACGAGUCACUUGGCCGACCGCUUGGCCAUGGACCCCGUCGAGCGUGAUACCAGCUAACCGAGUCCGCAUCCACAUCCGGAUGGAGGCGGAACUGCGGAGCCCCGCGUCCCGCGUUUUGUGGCCCUUUGCUUUCUGUACCCUAAAGCUUUCCAAGCUUUCCAACAAGAGAAGAGUAAGACUGUGCAUUUGUGGAGCAGGGCUGGUGGGUGAAGGGCAGUGUGGAGGUCUUGCGGGCAUGGAUGCGGUGGUUGGACGGGCUAUCGCUUCAAACGAGGGAUGAGAAUGCAGCAGGAGCUUGGAUCCCCGUGCGUGUGUCAAUAACAUUUUGAGGCCGCGCUUACAGUUAUGUGUCAUGAGGAAAGCAUUUGAGCAUCAUGUUGCAGCCCAGGGCAGCAGGCAUACGUCAUACGUGUUCCGUAAUAAGCGGGGUUGCUUUCGCAUUUUGCACACUUCUGGCCCUGUUAGCUCCUUGCCCAGCUGUUUUGCCUGACUGCUGUCUUGCUUUGUGUGCCUUGGGGUGUAGUAUUGAAGGACAGUAUAACCCGGUGUAAGACGGGGCAGCCAUAAGGCCUUGGCGGCCCCCGGCCUGCCGUGUUGGGUUGCGGCGACUCCUGUUGCUUGCACAAUUGUCGGUGGCAGGGCGCUUAGCAAGCUGGCGCGGAGAGCCCUGGGGUCUGAGGCGUCAUUGGAGGGAGCACUGUACCUUGCAGGUUGGUUGGACGGUGUUCGGAAUUUGCGCGAGACGCAAUCAACGAGAGUUGUAAAUAGGUAGUGUGAGAAUUCUAGAGGUACUAGGUGGACGGUGAUACUGAACACGGUGAAUGUGCAACGCGUUUGCUGGGGAGUCUUAUGGAUGAUAUUGUCGGAAGAUAUUGUUUUGUCAAGUAGGGCAGUUAGGAUUCUAUGAGUAGUAACCCCAUGCGUGUCUUUCUGCUGUCGUAGUGUGUCGAGUAAUAACGUCUUCUUUGCUCCGCCAUUCUUUUGUGUUAAGAAAACUGGCCGCGAGUAGGAACAUACUGUGAUUGUCGGAAGAUGAAGUCCCCACAGAACCGCCGCAGGAGCCGAGGAACAUUGUAGCGUAUGUAGAUAUAGAAGUCCAGUACUGGUGCUGAGAAUAAGUAGGAAUUCUUUUGUGUGUACCCUUCUUCUUUUUCCUUCUAACAAAACACGGUGCGUGAACGCUAAAGACACGCUGCGGCACAGGCGUUACACAACGCCUCCCUUGGGGGUGGUGGUAGUGGUGGUGGUGCACAGCGGGGCUAUUAGUUAAGAGCAUUUGGACAGGAAGUAGUUCGCACUUGUACUAGUUCUGAUGUACGACGGGUUUACGGAUGCCAUCAUGUUUGUGUGUUGUACUGCUGUGUGACUCCAAUCACAUGAUGUAGUGUCUUAUGUGAUGUCGGGUCCUUCCUUCGGAUCCACCUUUCGCGAUGUGUUCUUGCUGUGCCAUUCUUUUGAAGCACUGUAGCGUAUUCGUGUGCAUGUGUGAGCGUGUUCGGACGUCAUGGUGCAACUGACAGUCUGUUGGCGGUUGCUACAGGUGGUUUCCAUCCUAGAGCUGUGGGAGAACGGU